AUGUCAGUGAUGCCUGGUAAUUUGUCACUCAAUGGGACGAGCUUCUUCAGUGAAAAUCCUGGCAUCGAGGACAAACCCAGUGAGCAGAGGACUUGGAAUGUCUUUCUGUUCUGCUUGACUCUUACCAUUGCAUUCCCAGCCCUUCUGAGCAGCAUUUAUUCACUAGUUUCCCUGCUGAAAAUGCAGAACAAAACCACGGUGUCGAUGAUUGUGACCUCCUUGGCAGUAGAUGAUUUGAUCAGCAUCAUACCACUGAUUAUUUUCAUGCUCAUGCAGUGGUCGAGUGAAGGCCUCCCCCAGCCUCUGUGCACCACCUCAGCACUUAUGUAUUUAUUCCAGGGCAUUUCUAGCAACCUGAAAGGGUCACUUUUAGUUUCUUACAACUUCUACACCAUCAACACGGCUGAGACGCUGAGCUGCAGCACUUCCAAGCGUCGUGUGAGCGUGGCAUGGGCCAUCCUCAUCACCUGGAUUGUGGGUUUGCUGAUCUGCAUUCUGCCCCUCUGCGGUUGGGGCCGGUACAUCCCCACCUCCUGGGGCUGCUUCACCGACUGUGCCAGUUCCUACAUCCUGUUUGUGUUCCUUGUGUACUCCCUGUGUGUGUCCCUGCUGGCAGUGCUGGCUGUGCCCCUCACUCACCAGCUGCUGUGCUCGGCUGGGCCGCAGCUCUCACACACCGACUACCUGGAGGUCCCUGGAGGCUUCACCUCCCCCGGGACACCCGCGGCUGCCCCGGCGCUGUCCCUGCUGGACCCCGCGGAUAAAGCCCUGCAGCACUGCCAGGACUCGGGGGCAGUUUUGGGGAAGGGCGUGGCCGGGAGUGGUGCCCUCAUGAGCAGCUCACAGAGCAGGAGCUCCACGGUGGGCUUUGCCCAGAAACGGUUCUCGCUGAUCCUUGCGCUGACCAAAGUUGUUCUCUGGCUCCCAAUGAUGGUACAGAUGGUUGUCCAGUACAUCACUGGUGUGCAGAGCCUUGUGUUUGAGGCCCUGAGCUUCCUGCUGAGCGUGCUGGCUGCCACGGCCACCCCGCUGUUCGUCCUGUCAGAGCACUGGCUGCACCUGCCCUGUGGCUGCAUCGUCACCUGCAGGAGGGAGCCCUGGGCAGGGCCUUCAGGAGAUCUCACAACCAAACGCAGGGGUUUUGAGUUCAACCUGUCCUUCCAGCAAGGUUAUGGAAUCUACAGAAUACCCCAGGAGAACCACCCCCACCACAGCAGUGAUGGUAAAUCCACGUCCUGCCACAGCCUGGUGGGCUCUGACUGCGAGGCCCCGGAGCCUGGCAGAGGGAGUGGUGGUGGGCCUGGGCCCAGCCCCCCGUCUGCAGGGGCCUGCAGGGGCGAGCAGGGCACACACUGUGACCCACCAGCCAUCCCUGAAGGACCAGAGUGGAGGUUGUCCCACGAGGAAAGCCAUAAACCUGAGCUCACGGAUUGGGAAUGGUGCAGGAGCAAAUCCGAGAGGACCCCUCGGCAGCGCUCGGGCGGGGCCCUGGCCAUCCCUCUGUGUGCCUUCCAAGGGACUGUGUCUCUGCAGGCUCCCACCGGGAAGACCCUCUCGUUAUCCACGUACGAGGUGAGCUCUGACGGGCACAAAAUCACCCCCAUGGCCAAGAAAAUCGAGGUGUUUCGGUCCAAGAGCGUCGGGCACGAGCCCAGCCCGGAGGGGUCCCCUCACACGAACGUUAAGAUUCAUCUGGAGGUGCUGGAGAUCUGUGACAAUGAGGAGGCCCUGGACACCGUGUCCAUCAUCAGCAACAUCAGCCAGUCCUCCACCCAGGCCAGGUCCCCCUCCCUGCGCUACUCACGGAGGGAGAACAGGUUUGUGUCCUGCGAGCUGGGGGAAAGCGCCUCCUACUCCCUGUUCAUCCCGUCCCACAGCCCCGGCAGGGACAUCAGCAUCUCCAUCCCCGACACCGUGGAGGGCCAUCGCAGCAGCAGCAGGCAGCACGUGGGCACGGGGCACCAGGAGGAGAUCCAGCUGCUCAACAAGGCCUACAGGGAGCGGGAGGGCCAGGGCAGCAGCGGCUGAGGGGGUUCUGUGCUCUGCAGCUGCUCUGCCACUGCUCCUCUGGGCUCAAGGUGCCCACACAAAUGCAGGGUCAGCUGGUUUUUCCUAACAUGAAUUUUAUUUGGGUGCACUGUUAAAUCCAUUCAAACUGUUAAUGCUCUGUCAAGGGGAUAACAAACGCUCAAGUGC